AAGACUCUUUUUCCACGCGAUGUUGAGAGUUCUGUUUGAAUGGGAGGACGACAGAGCAAUGCCCUGCGACAUCACUGUCCACAUUACUGGCUUUCCACUAAUGUGACGUUCUUGUGAGGAAAGAAUAGACGACAAGGUUUCCUUUUGAUUCCAGGCAGCAUCACCGGAUUAAGGAAGAAGCCAUGAUUAACUGGUCUCAUUGUGGCAGCACCGCUACCAGCACCAUCAUCUUCCAGUCACAGCUGCUGCUCACCUUGUGCUUGGCAGCACUUCUUUGUCCUUUGUGCCUGGUGACGAGCCAGGAGGAAAACCAGACCCAGUCACCUGUCCAGGUGUUUCAAGACUUGUUGGUCCGAUAUGGUAACAACAGCACCAUCACUGUACCCCAGCUCCGCUCUCUGUUACUCCACCUCAGCCAGGGGCAUGGCGACACAAAUAUGUCCCCCACUGAGAGCCCACCAACUACAGUUACCAAAGCCAACAAGACUAUGUGCUUAUCUGCAGACAUACUGGCAGUUUACAGACUCAGUGAGCAGUCACAGCUUGAUGAGCGAGGUUUUCAGGAGCUCUGCCCUGCCAUGCUACAGCAAUUAGAUGCUGGCACCUGCAGGACACAUAAAGAGGAAGAGCAUGACAGUAGUACGUCUCCGAGGCCUUCUGAUGCUGAAGGUAAGUGCUGACUACUCAGUGAUUCUAAUACAGUAAUGAACAGUAACCCAGAGAAAGAAACCAGGCAGUUGUUUUCAGUCCAUUGCCAUAAAAUGGCAUCUACUCUUGCUGGAGCA